CACCAUCUCCAGGCUGAAUCAAUUGGUACCAGGAGAGCCAAGAAGUCACACACACAGCUCUGCAUCUAUGCUCUGGCUCCCGACCCUCUUCCAGUCUUUCUCUGCUUCCCUGUCACUGUUACUCCAGGAGACGUGCACUUUUCACCAACCUUUCUCCAAGCAUCUCCAAGCCACUGACUGUAUAUAUUUUGCUACAAGAGCCAUAGGAGGGGGAAAAGCAGGAGACUUUUCAACACAUCGUUUUUUUAAAAAAACGAAUUUUGCGAAAUGUCUGAGAACAAUUAAAAGGAAAAGGCGUUUUUGAUCUACCAGCUAAGUGAACAAUCACUCACAGCAUCCUCAUCCUGAGAUACCGUCCCUCUCUGUGGGCACCGGCGAGAUGACAGCUGCUUUUUCAUUUUUGAAUGUAAUAAACAAUUGCUGCUUUUAAUAUUUUUCCGGGAUUUCUCCCUCGCUAUUCCCUGGAAUUUUAACUCUAAAAGAUUGGAGAAAAGAUUAUCGAAAGGGUUUUUGCAAGCCUCCAAAAUGAUGCUGAGUCCGGACCAAGCCGCGGACUCAGACCACCCCAGCUCGGCGCACUCGGACCCGGAGUCGCUGGGCGGCGCGGACGCCAAGGUUCUGGGCAGCGUGUCGGACCUGGAGCCAGUGGAGGAAGCCGAGGGCGACGGCAAAGGCGGCAGCCGCGCCGCGCUCUACCCGCACCCGCAGCAGCUGAGCCGCGAGGAGAAGCGGCGCCGCCGGCGCGCCACCGCCAAGUACCGCUCGGCCCACGCCACCCGCGAGCGCAUCCGAGUGGAGGCCUUCAACCUGGCCUUCGCCGAGCUCCGCAAACUGCUGCCCACGCUGCCCCCCGACAAGAAGCUCUCCAAGAUCGAGAUCCUGCGCCUGGCCAUCUGCUACAUCUCCUAUCUCAACCACGUCCUGGACGUGUAGGCGGGGCGGGGCGGGGCGCCGGGCCGGUGUCUGGGCAGCGGCCUCGGAGGUGGCCGAGGCGGCGGCGGCCAGCGGGACGGCAGCCGGGGGACCCUGCGAUCAGGACAGAGCUCGCAGCCUGUUCUCUCUGGUCAGCGGGGCCACAGGCAAAGGUUUCGGAGGAGGCCCGGAGAUGGGGCUGGCUGGGAGCCCGGGGGCUCAAGGAGGGGUGUUGUCCAGGCCAGAUGGGGGCAUUCAUGGAGAGCAGACCUGGGGUGACCCCUGGGUGUAAUAGUAUCCCGGCAAGGGUUGUUGCUUUAACCCACUGGAGACUGAGUUCUCCAAUCUUUAUCUCCCACAAAUCUUCAUUUUUAAAAGGAUGAGGGCAGAAGCUUCAGAGUACAGACUCAUAACUUCAGACUAUCUGGAAUUUUCUAAUUGACAGAUCACUGAACACUGGGAAGGGGGAGAACAACUCUCUUCCAGAGAUUAAGGCACAGAAUGGCAGAAAGGAAACUUUCUGUUUCUUUGUCAAAAAAAAAAAGAGAUUAUAUAUUAAACACCAAACAAAACACACCCUGAAUAUUUGGUAAGGUUUUAAAGACACGCUGAGACUGGACACACUGGGAAGACUGGAGAGGGGUCAGAUUUUAACCCCAAGAUAGGACACUGACCUAGACAGAAAGAAAUGUAUUUAAGUGGAAAAUUUAAUAUCUGAUCGCUCUUUCAGGUGAAGUGCCCCUUUAUAUAUCCAAAAACAUCUAUUUGUGACCUUAAACAUGUGGAUCCAUAGGUGCAGUUAGAAGAAGACGACCUAUUUUUAUUUACGUUAGAAGGAGUAGAGUAUUUUUUUCAAGACAUUUAUUUUUCAGAGUGGUGAUAAUUUUACUUUAGAUACUCUGUGCCAAUUUAUUUAUAGUCAAGUGUUUACACCUUUUCCUGUGGAAUAAUCACGUAUAAAUUUUUAUGUGUUUGUUGAGAUUAUACUGUGGUCUUUCUUUUUGCUCUAAUUAUAUUGCACUUGUAUAAGAAAUUCCCCACUUCUCCAUUUCUAAACAUAUUUUAUAUAUUAAGAUGUUUGUUCUUGAAAGGUUCUUUUGUUGUGAGAUCAGCAACACUAGCACUUCACUAUUAUAGUUUUAUAAAAGAAAGUGUUGUUAUUCUUAUCUGUAGUUAUGUCUGAAAAGUACUUUACAAAUUGUUUAUAAGGAGAGUAGCUUCUUUGUGUGUGUGUGAUGUUUGUACGUGAGAUGAUUUUAGAAAAUUAAGUUAUUUUCCUAAAAAAAGAAUUCAGAACUACUUUCCUCUGUGACAACCAAAAAGAAAAGUCUAUAACCUGAAAACGCUUCAUGUUCUCAGCUAUGAAACUCUUAAAGCAAGGAGUGUAUUUUAGAGAGAAGAAAAAAAAAAAAAAGAGAGAGAGAGAGAGAGAAAUCACAUCUCCUAUCCAAAGAUUUUAGUCUUUUUCAGGGUUUUUUUGUGUCUCUGUUGCUUUAUAUAAUGCAAUAUUUUGUAGUGAAAAUAGAUAUAACCUGGUUUCUACCUAACAAGUUUUUCAUAUCUCAUGAAUGGUACGCUGUUUUGCAUAUAAAUAAAGGUAUCAAAUAAAGUCCUCUCUAAGUA